GUGAACAGCAGCCAUGAUAGAAGACAAAGGUCCAAGAGUUACAGACUACUUUGUUGUGGCAGGUCUCACAGAUACAUCUACUCUUUUGGAUCAAGAAAUAAAUCGUUUAGAUACUAAGUCAACUGGACCUAAGGCUCCAAUUACAGAUAUUGCUGUUAUUAACAAAUCAGCUGGGGAAACAGUACCUGAAGGCUACACCUGUGUUGAAGCCACUCCGUCAGCGCUCCAAGCAAACUUGAAUUAUGGAAGUCUGAAAAGCCCAGAAGUUUUCCUGUGUUACAAGAGAGGGAGAGAUAAACCACCCCUUACAGAUAUUGGAGUUUUAUAUGAUGGGAAAGAAAGGCUUAUUUCAGGAUGUGAAGUGAUCCUCGCCACUCCCUAUGGUCGCUGUGCCAAUGUCAACAACAGCUCUACUUCCUCACAGAGAAUCUUUAUCACUUACCGAAGGGCUCCUCCAGUUCGACCCCAGAACUCCUUGGCUGUAACUGAUAUUUGUGUCAUUAUAACCAGCAAAGGAGAAACCCCUCCUCAUACCUUCUGCAAAGUUGACAAAAAUCUUAAUUGUGGCAUGGUAAGAAGAAAAUUGUUUCAUUUUCAAAGGAAAAGUUGUCACUGUCUUUUUUCUCUAAAAGGUUUAAUAUUUAGGUAUCCAGAAGAUGACUAUGAGUCCUUCCCACUCCCUGAAUCUGUGCCUCUCUUCUGCCUUCCUAUGGGAGCCACUAUUGAAUGUUGGGAUCCCCAAACCAAACAUCCACUUCCAGUUUUUUCAACUUUUGUCCUGACGGGUUCUUCAGCUGAAAAGGUAUAUGGAGCUGCUAUCCAGUUUUACGAACCCUAUUCUCGGGAACUUCUAACAGAGAAACAGCUUAUGCAGCUGGGCCUAUUGACACCUGUGGAGAGAAAAAUGGUCAUCAAAUCUAUCAAUUCAAACAAAUGCAUUUGCUUAUUGUCACAUUGGCCUUUUUUUGAAGCUUUUAAAAAAUUUCUUAUGUUUAUCUACAAGCUCUCUGUGUCUGGACCACAUCCUCUUCCCAUUGAGAAGUACAUUUCACAUUUUAUGCAAAACAUCCCUUUUCCUUCAGCACAAAGACCAAGAAUACUUGUACAGCUGUCAGUUCAUGAUGCAUUAAUAUUAUCACAGCCUGUGUCUACACCUUUGCCACUAAGUGGAGCCAACUUUAGCACUUUGCUGAUGAACCUGGGUCCUGAGAACUGUGCAACACUGCUGCUCUUGGUUUUACUGGAGAAUAAGAUUCUGCUGCAUUCUCUUAGGCCAGCUGUCUUGACUGGGGUAGCUGAGGCUGUUGCUGCUAUGAUCUUUCCAUUUCAGUGGGAAUGCCCAUACAUUCCCCUUUGUCCUCUGUCACUGGCUGCAGUGCUUAGCGCACCCUUUCCAUUCAUAGUUGGAGUUGACUCAAGGUAUUUUGAUCUUCAUGACCCACCACAAGAUGUUGUUUGCAUUGACUUGGAUACAAACAUGUUGUAUGUGUCAGAUGAAAAGAAGAACAUGAACUGGAAGCAUCUUCCUAAAAAGCCAUGCAAAAAUCUACUUGGUACCUUAAAGAAAUUGUAUCCUCAGGUUUGUUCAGUUCACCAAAAAACUCAAGAAGGUUCAGCAAUUGAAAUGACUCCAAUUGAAGCAGAUUUCUCCUGGCAAAAGAAGACAACACAACUUGAGAUGGAAACUCAAGAGGCUUUUUUGCGAUUUAUGGCAUCUAUUUUAAAAGGGUAUAGAACAUAUCUCAGACCAAUUACAGAGGCUCCUUCAAAUAAAGCCACAGCUGUAGAUUCAUUGUUUGAUCGACAAGGAUUUUUAAAAAGCCGAGACCGUGCCUAUACAAAGUUCUAUACCCUUUUAUCCAAAACACAGAUUUUUAUUCGUUUUAUUGAAGAAUGUAGUUUUGUAAGUGAUAAAGAUACUGGAUUGGCAUUUUUUGAUGAUUGCAUAGAGAAGUUGUUUCCUGAUAAAGGCAUAGAGAAAACAGAUAAGGUUGAUUUGGAUUCAGCAGAAGAUACCAAAUUAAUAGAAUUAGAUGAUUCACAGAAAAGUGAGCACACUGUAUUUAUAAUGCCACCUGAGCCACCUCCUGACGAUGGAAAGGACCUGUCACCAAAGUACAGCCUUUCAAGUGAGAUAAAGUCAGCUCAUAAAUUGGCGAAGAGAUGUUACACAAAUCCACCACAAUGGGCCAAAUGUCUGUUUAGUCAUUGUUACAGUUUAUGGUUUAUUUGUCUCCCAGCCUAUGUUAGAGUUUCUCAUCCAAAGGUCAGAGCACUUCAACAGGCAUAUGAUGUACUUAUUAAGAUGAGGAAAACAGAUGUGGAUCCACUAGACGAGGUAUGCUAUCGAGUAGUAAUGCAGCUUUGUGGACUUUGGGGUCAUCCUGUUUUAGCAGUGAGAGUCUUAUUUGAAAUGAAAACUGCUAAAAUCAAGCCAAAUGCUAUUACUUAUGGUUAUUACAAUAAGGUAGUUUUGGAGAGCCAGUGGCCUAGUAGUACCCGCAGUGGUAUCUUUCUUUGGACAAAAGUACGGAAUGUGGUACAUGGCUUGGCACAAUUUAGGAAGCCACUUAAAAAGACUAUGCAAAUCUCACCAGUCUCCCCAAUAUCAGGUGGUCAGUCUGACCAAGGCUAUGGGUCUAAGGAUGAACUGAUAAAAGAUGAUACAGAAACUCAUGUGUCUGAAGAACAAGUGGCACAAGAGUUGAUCACUAAAACAAAGGUUCAGAUACAAGAGGUGUGUGAUGUGUCUGCUAUUGUAGCAAAUCAUUCACAACCUAGUCCAGAGACUCAGAGUCCUAUUGACCAUCCUGCCUGGGGCAGCAGUAUUGUGAAAGCUCCAUCUGGAAUAUUUGAUAUCAACAACAGGAAAGGUAGCACUGGUAGUACAUCAAAUUCAUUAUUUUCUACUCAAGAUCCUCUUGAAGAUACAGUAUUUGAAGUUUCUAAUUUCAAGAAGAAUGGUGACAAAGGAGAAAGAAGACAAAAGCAUUUUUCAGAGAGGAGUUGUAGUUUUAGUUCUGAAAGUCGAGCAGGAAUGUUACGUAAGAAGAGCAGUUUGGAUUUGAAUUCCAGUGAAAUGGCUAUCAUGAUGGGAGCAGAUGCCAAGAUUCUCACAGCAGCAUUGACGUGUCCUAAGACUUCUCCUCUUCAUGUUAAAAGAACCCAUAGCUUUGAAACUGCUAGUGGUCAUCUGGUUGACACCAGGACUCAUGUAUCUGAGAGCAGUUGGGAUUCUGAACGAAAAUCAUCUCCUGUGUUAGAGAUGCUUGAGGAAAGCCAAGAAUUCUUAGAGCCUGUCAUUGAUGAUAAUGUAGCUAAAACUAUGUCAUCAGUUACAUUUGAUAGUCUACAAAAUGAUACUAAUAGCAAUCAGUCCAGAGACUUGAAAGUGGGAUCCAAACAUCUAAUGAAUAAGAGAAGCAAUUCACAUGGAACUGUUAAAGCCAUUGAGAGGGAAGAUGUUGAAACUGGACUAGAUCCGUUGUCUCUUUUAGCUACUGAAUGUAUGGAAGAAAAAUCUCCUGAUUCUGAAGAAAAGAUGCUAUCUCCAGUUAUUUCAAGGAAUCUGGCUGAUGAAAUUGAAAGCUACAUGAACUUAAAAAGUCCCCUGGGGAGUAAAUCUUCUAGUAUGGAGUUGCGUGGAGAGGGAAACACUGGUAUUGCAGUUAGUCAUCCUUUAGAAAGGAGAUCAAGUCUACCUUUUGAUCAUGGUCCACCAGCACAGGAAAAUCCAGAAAGUGAAAUGAGCUCCUCGGUCGUGUCUGGGUCAAAAACUUUUACUGGGCGUCUUAAGCCACAAACUCCAUAUCGAACUCAUAAGGAUCGUUCAACAUCUUUAUCAGCAUUGGUACGGUCUUCACCACAUAGCCCACUGGGCUCUGUAGUAAAUUCAUUGUCAGGGCUUAAGCUGGAUAAUAUACUCUCAGGACCCAAGAUAGAUGUCCUAAAAUCUGGCAUGAAGCAAGCAGCAACAGUAGCCAGUAAGAUGUGGGUGGCUGUAGCAUCUGCCUACAGCUACUCAGAUGAUGAGGAAGAAACUACUAGAGAUUACAGCUUCCCAGCUGGCCUAGAAGACCAUAUUUUGGGGGAGAAUGUGUCAACUAACACAAGUAUUUCAGGGUUGGUUCCCAGUGAACUUAACCAGAGCAACACAAGUCUUGGAAGUAGCAGCAGCAGUGGAGAUGUUGGAAAAAUGCAUUACUCAACAGGUGAAGUUCCAUUUCCAAGAGGAAUAAGGAGGCAGGACUUUGAAAAAUCAGACCAUGGUUCAUCUCAAAACACCAGCAUGUCUAGCAUCUAUCAGAACUGUGCAAUGGAGGUUUUGAUGUCAAGUUGUUCACAAUGUAGAGCUUGUGAAGCAUUAGUUUAUGAUGAAGAAAUUAUGGCUGGGUGGACGGCAGAUGAUUCAAAUUUGAAUACAACCUGUCCGUUCUGUAAAAGCAACUUCUUGCCUUUUCUCAAUAUAGAAUUUAAAGACCUGAGAGGUUCUGCAAGUUUUUUCUUGAAACCAAGUACCUCUGGUGACAGUUUACAAAGUGGAGGCAUGCCAUUGGCCAGUGAGCCCUUGGAACACAAACCUGUAUGCAGUUCAGCAGAACCUGACUUGAUUAACUUCAUGGAUUUCCCGAAACAUAACCAGACAAUAUCGGAAGAAGCAAGCCAUACAGUUGACUCAAGUGGUGGAUUAAAGCAAGCCAGUGAAAAUGUCCAAACUAUGAAAAUUUCAUCUGUGCCUAAUAGUUCAUCAAAACGAAAUGUAUCUUUGACUCGAAGCCACAGUGUUGGAGGCCCUUUGCAAAAUAUUGACUUCUCCCAAAGACCUUAUCAUGGCAUUUCAACAGUCAGUCUCCCAAACAGUCUACAGGAAGUUGUGGACCCUUUAGGAAAAAAACCUAAUCCUCCCCCAGUUUCUGUGCCGUAUUUGAGUCCUCUGGUACUUCGUAAAGAACUUGAAUCUCUGUUAGAAAAUGAAGGUGAUCAGGUGAUUCACACAUCCUCUUUCAUCAAUCAACAUCCAAUCAUUUUCUGGAACCUUGUGUGGUAUUUCAGACGUUUAGACCUUCCUAGCAACUUGCCAGGACUUAUCCUCACAUCGGAACAUUGUAAUGAAGGUGUGCAGCUUCCUCUGUCAUCUUUGUCUCAAGAUAGCAAACUUGUAUAUAUUCAACUGUUAUGGGAUAACAUUAAUCUUCAUCAGGAACCAGAAGAACCUCUGUAUGUUUCUUGGAGGAAUUCUAAUUCUGAAAAGAAAUUGUCUCUUCUGUCAGAGGAACAACAAGCCACAAGCACUUUGGUAGAAGCUAUUAGGCAGAGUAUUCGGCAUAAUGAUGUGCUUAGGCCCAUCCGCCUGCUCUCCCAGCAAGUGAAACCAGACAUGAAAAGACAAAGGAGUUUAUACAGAGAAAUCCUUUUCUUAUCAUUAGUGUCUCUUGGAAGAGAAAAUAUUGAUAUUGAGGCUUUUGACAACGAAUAUGGACUUGCAUACAAUAGUCUGUCUUCAGAGAUUCUUAAAAAGUUACAGAGAAUUGAUGCCCCACCAAGUAUCAGCGCGGAGUGGUGCAGGAAGUGUUUUGGAGCGCCUCUCAUUUAAGUAAAUGAUUCAUUUGGCUUUCAACACAGUGCUAGGGGAACAGAUUGUGUCUGGAAACAUUAGAAGUGCUUUCCAAAUCCUAAGAAAUGGUGAAAAUUGAAAUGUCUCAAAUGGUAAUUCACACUGAAUCAUCUAAAAAUGCCAUUAACAUGUCCUUAGGUUUAUUGAUGUUGAAAAAGUUUCAACUCCUAAACUUUUCUCUGCUGCAAACUAUUUUUGGAUUUCACAAUAUUUGUAGUAGGAUAGUAAUAGCGAAAAGAAAAACCCCGUCAUCUGAAGCAUUUGUUAUAUUUGUUUAUAUUUUUGAAAGAUUUGGGGAAUGGCAAAUCAAACUUGCCUAACCUCAAAGGAAAUGAAAUAUUUCAAUUGUAAGAGCAACUAUUUGUGUGACUAUAUAUGUAGGGAAGUUGUGUAGUUAUGUGUAUAAGUGUAUAUUUAUUAAAAUACUUAAAUUGCAUGUUGCAAUAGUUUUCUGAAAGGGUUGUCUCAUUGCCUUUUAAAUGACUACUGCUAAACUAAUCUGUAGUCAUUAAUCCCUAAAUUACCUAAAAGUCAUGACAACUGCCUUCCUUGAUUUAAAAUUUUAAUAUAUAUAUAUAUAUAUAUAUCACCUUUUUAUUAUGAAUUAUUUUGCUUAAUGAAUUAUAUCUUGAAUAUCCAGGUACUUCCAUAUUCUUCCAAUACUGUGUUCAUUUGCAGUAGCCUUAAAAUUAACUUCAUAACAGUUAUUUGGAACAUGCCUAAAAUGCACAAGUGUAUAGUUUAUGUCCUGAAAUCUUUUCUUUUUCAGGCACAUAAAUCAGCCACUUUUUUUAAACCUGUGGGAUAAACUUGCACUGCAAACAUGUUUUAUUCUUGUACAAUAUUUAGAUUUAUAUGCUUUUGAGUAAAAAUGUGCAUUUGUAAAUACUUUUUUUAGGUUGAAUUAAGUCUUAAAACUAAAGCUCAUUGAGCUUGUUGCCAGUAGGUUUAAGAAAAUUAUGACCUCACAUGCCUUACUUUUGACAUUUAUCAUGCUUUUUGUUAAAAACAUCCAUUAUGAACAAUAUACGUUUGCCUUAACUCUACAUUUAAAACCCAACAGUUCGUAUGUGUGUGAAUUUACAAUAAUUAUGCAGGUGACUGAAUCAGUUGACACACAAAAUAAUUACCUCCAUCUGAUACACUUAACAGCACAAAUCCUACUAUAUGGUAUAACCUUUUUAAAAAUUAGUUAUUGUAUCAGUGUUUCAACAUUUGAAGUUUAAUCUGACCUAUGCAAAAUUCUAGUCUGAAUUUGUUAAAAUGCUAAAAAAAGAAUUUAUCAGAAGUUGUGUACAUCUUUAUUAACUUCAAGUUGGAUCUUUUGCACUGUCUCAGGAGUAUAUAUUUUUGCAAUUUAGAACACUUAUUGACCCAACACAUUUUGGAUUUAACUUGCAUAUAAAACUUGCAGCUGAAUAAAAUGAAAAAUAAUUUUAAAUUCA